CAGGACCGGGCGGGCGGCUGGCUCCUGCUGCUCUGAGCCGCCGGCGGGGAGCUCCAGGCAGAGGAUGCUCCCCAAUGGCACCUGCACCAGGCUUCCGGGCUGUGCAGGCAGCGGCGGCGGCGGAGCCGGCAGCGCCUCGGAGGAGGCUGCGGCAGGGGGCAUGGACUCGGGCGGCAGGAACUCCUCCGGCGCCCCGAACAGCACCCUGAGUGAGUCUCAGGGCAGCGCUAUCCUCAUCUCAUUCAUCUACUCCGUGGUGUGCCUGGUCGGGCUGUGCGGCAACUCCAUGGUCAUCUAUGUGAUACUACGUUAUGCCAAGAUGAAGACGGCCACCAACAUCUACAUCCUCAACUUGGCCAUAGCAGAUGAGCUGCUGAUGCUCAGCGUCCCCUUUCUGGUCACCUCCACCCUGCUGCACCACUGGCCCUUUGGCUCACUGCUCUGCCGCCUGGUGCUCAGUGUGGAUGCCAUCAACAUGUUCACCAGCAUCUACUGCCUGACUGUGCUCAGUGUGGAUCGCUACAUCGCCGUAGUGCACCCCAUCAAGGCGGCCAGGUACCGCCGUCCCACUGUGGCUAAAAUGGUCAAUCUGGGUGUCUGGGUGCUUUCCAUCCUCAUCAUCUUGCCCAUCAUCAUCUUCUCCAACACAGCAGCCAACAGUGACGGAACAGUGGCUUGCAACAUGCUCAUGCCAGAACCCACACAGAGGUGGCUGGUGGUCUUUGUAGUCUACACCUUUCUGAUGGGCUUCUUGCUACCUGUAGUGGCCAUCUGUCUCUGCUACAUCCUCAUCAUUGCCAAGAUGCGCAUGGUGGCCCUGAAGGCUGGCUGGCAGCAACGCAAACGCUCGGAGCGCAAGAUUACUCUCAUGGUCAUGAUGGUGGUGAUGGUCUUUGUCAUCUGCUGGAUGCCCUUCUACAUUGUGCAGCUGGUCAAUGUCUUUGUAGAGCAGGAUGAUGCCACCAUCAGCCAGCUUUCUGUCAUCUUGGGUUAUGCCAACAGCUGUGCCAACCCCAUCCUCUAUGGCUUUCUCUCGGACAAUUUCAAGCGGUCCUUCCAGCGGCUGCUCUGCCUCAGUUGGAUGGACAAUGCUGCAGAGGAACCCAUCGACUACUAUGCCACUGCCCUCAAGAGCAGAGCAUACAGCGUGGAGGACUUUCCCCCAGACAACUUGGAGUCAGGGAGCAUGUACAGGAAUGGCACUUGCACCUCCAGGAUUACCACCCUCUGAGGAAGCAUUCCUGACUCCCUGCUCCCCUACUGCCCCCAGCAGGAGGGUGAGCAAGUCCAGGGCUGUGGCAUGGGGGAGCUGGGAGGGAGGGGUUUUUUGUCCUGCCCGAAAACAGUGGUGGUUGGCAGAAGAAGUGAAGAAAACCCCGCAUCCUAGGUCUGAUGCCCCAUCCCAGACCCCUGUCUGCCUCCCUUGAGAGCAGGUGCAUUUGCUGAUGCUUUGACACCCACUUAACAAAUUGCCACACUCAUGGGUCGUCUUAGGGUCUGUCAGCCCAGCUCUGCUACCCGUCUUUGUCUAAUUAGUGGCUGUAAGGGUCCUACAGUGAUUCUCCCUCACCUUUUGUACAGGUUGCCUUCCUGCUCGGUCCAUAGGACCCCCAGGCCACUGAGUCAAGCCUCCCCAUUCAGGUUCAGAUUCCCCCUGACUGAAAGUG